AUGGAGGCGCAACAGUUAAACAGCCAAUAUCGCCACGACAGGAUCUCUUAUGAUAUGAAUCGAGCAAUUACCAGAACACCAUGUUGGGUACGUGGUGGCAAAGUCGAAGAGAUAAUCUGGAUCGGCAAAGAUGUACUGGCUUGGUGCAGCAGCCUGUACAUCGUGUUCUUCCACGUGGUGAAGCGGCAAGAGACCCUGCGAUGGUGCUGGAACAAUGGGACCGGCGACGGGGCCCGUUGCGUGUCCGGUCACGUGUCCGCACCGGUAUUCGCGUUCGCCGAGCGCUCUCUGAACCCGCGGAUUCUCGUCCACGUGUACCCGUCGAUGGCGAAGGUCAGCGAGUGCCCCCCGGCAUGUGAGAGUGGUUACUUGGCGAUCGCGUUCACGCCUCACGAAUAUCUCGUGUCGCUGGGCUCGUACCCGAGUUUCCCUCUGAUCGUGUGGUGCUGGAGAACGGGCGGGAAGAUCGCGAUCGUCGACACGCCGGUGCGCGACGAGGUCGGCCAGAGAAUCAAGAUUACGCCGUCCGGUCGCACGGUGAUCGGUCAAAUAGGCAAGACCUGCGGCCACCUGCUCACCUGGGAGCUCGACGUCGUCGGCGAGCUCGUCAUCUUGAAAGAUCACGAGGUGCGGCUGCCGCGGGAGGCUCACGCCUACGGAAUCGACUGGUGUCCCGGGAUGAGCGAACCCCUGUUGGCCAUUACGGAUCGAGAGGGGCACAUCUAUCUGAGCAACUAUGACGGCAGCGAUGUGCGACGCGUCGUCCUCUCGCAGCGUUGUGGCGUCUGCGAGGAGAUCGAGAUGCCGGCCGUCUGUUGGUUCCGCGGUGGGAUCAUCCUCAGGACUACGUUCUGCCAGAUACGCUACUUCCGCCGGAAGCCACGGACCGACACCUGGCACAAAGAGUGGUACGUCAAGUCGAUUUACAAGCCUCACAUCCUGGUCGCGCAUCCCGUCAGGAGCGACUGGCUCUUCUACUACACUCUGGAAGGAUACCUGAUGCAAAUAGUGUUCCCCGGGGAGGCCACCGCCACCCCAGUGAUCUACAGGCACCUGCACUGCGGCGGCACGUAUCGCUUCGUCGACUUUGUGCGUCCUUGGUGCCAUCAUCUUGUAGUAACGGAUGAUCUGAAGAACCUGACUGUCCUUGAGAGCUAUGGAGGUAGCGAGGUCGCUAAGAUGGAGCUCGACAUGGAAGGCGUCAUGUCGGCUCAAGCAUUGCAUCCGGAUGACCCGCUGAUCGUCGUAGUCAGUGAUCAGGGUGAGAUGAUACUCGUGGGGAUUACUGAUCCGGAGAAACCGACAAUCCUAGCGCGGUUCCGGCUGCAGCGCAAACCUUUAGACAUCGUGAAAUUCUCGCAAUCCGGCAGAUUCGUGAUCGCUGCGCACAAGGAGACGGGCAAUUGCUAUUGCAUAAAUGUACGCCGCGACAAGCCAUGGGGAGUGAUCGCCCAGGUACAGACCAGAAGGCGGCUGGCCGAUGUGAUGCUGCACGACGAUGGGACCGAACGUCGCGGCCAUCUGAAAGUACUCGCUCUUUUCGUCAAGUACGAAUGGUGCUCAGCGGUGGGACAGGAGAUCUUCGUCUACGACGUGUCGCGAUCGGAUCGUCCGGUUAUCGACGAGGCUGAUGAUGUGUCCAUCACACUGCCUGCUCUCUUUCGCGAUCUUUGCCACGCGCCCGGCGAUGCAUCCCGGCUGCUGAUAGGCUCGCCCUAUCUUAAACGACAGCUGCAUGUGCUCAGGUUACAGCGCGAUUUUAAAAACGCCGACCUGGUGGAUGCGAUGCUGACCGGUCACCACGUGCAUCUCGCUCGCAUCUUCACUGAUCGCCGCUGGAUCGUCACGUGCGCCUACGAUGGUUUAGUGAUCGUUCGUGACGAGACGGUAAGCAGGGUCGUCAUCGUGAUGCCGGCGCAUCAUAGGUUGGACUCAGGUAGCACAAAAGCGAUCAUCAAUCGCGAAGGUGAUAUGAUAGUCGCACUUGGUCACGAUGGCUCCCUCGUUGCCGUGCGCGUCCGCGCAAACAGGAAGAAAAUCGAAGCAUCGUCCCCCACGAUCGAGAUUGAGAGUGUGUAUCGAGUGGAUCAUGGCUAUUACCAGAAACAGAGGCAGGAGAUACUCGCCGAUUACGCUUCUCUAGAUCCGGCUAUUCGGGAUUCCUUGACUCGCGCUAAGCAAGAGCUCCCAGUCUCGGAUAAAACCUGGGAGGAAUGGCAGCAAGAUUUGCAACUGCAGCGAGAAGAGAAGAUGUACGCCACGCAGAAGGCCGCCAUCAUGAGAGACUUGGCGGCCUUGAAGGAUACUGUAAAACGUCUCCUCGAUGUUAACGAGACCCUUCCAGAGAUAGAACGACUGCCGGUAUCGGCGUUCGAUCUGGACCGGGUCGGCCGCGAUCAGAAGCUCAAAGCGGCCAAGGAUGAGCGCGAGGAAGUUCGCAUGGAGCUCGAGUGUCUGUGCGAAUCGAUGGACGGCGUGGCUGCAUGGAUCAAGAGUACUUUCUGGGACACGCAAGUCGUGCUGGGUCGCUCUAUAUUUUCGUUCUCUGGAGAUACCGAGGUGACGAAUUACCCGGCGCUCGAGGAGGACCCAUACUUCAAGGAUCACCUGCAAUGGGCGCAAUUUAACCGGGACGCAGAGCGCGCCAUCAUCCGCGGCGACACGUUCCAGUCGUGGCGCGCGUACACGGACGAACAGCUACGGAUGGAGCUGAGCAAACCUGUCACGGUGUACCGUGAGGAUGAGAAACGCAGAAUGGAUGUGCUCUUGGAGGAAGAGGAACGUGAGGUCGAUCCUGAAGAGUUGGCGGAGCUGCGGGCGCUCGAUGGUAUGACCACGCAUCAGUUCGUCGAGCAAUCGCUGCACUAUUAUCCGCAGAUGGACUCUUAUGGGUUCGCGCACGCGACGCUGGAGGAUCGUUAUUUGAUGCAUGACUGCAACGAGCUGCGUGCAUACUUCAACAAGCUCUUCGACGACACGUAUGCGGCGAAGGAGCGGGAAAUGGCUGCUAUACGAGAGAAGAACGAGAAGAUACGUCACAUAGACUCGGAGCUGAAGCUGAUGUUCGGCGAGAAUGUUCCGCAGCUUCCCAUCGAUCCGGAGUGGCAUCCCAAGGAGAAGGUUGAAAGCAUCAUCCAAGUAGAGGAGCGCGAGAUCAAGGCGAAGCCGUACGUGUCGCCGUCGCAGCAGGAAGUUCUGGAGAAGCAGGCGGAGGAAGCGGAACGUGUUAGACGACAAUUGCUGGCUGACGAUUUUCGAGAGCGCGCCCUGAUGCAGAUGAUGGACGGCGUGCUGGAGAUCCGCUGGGAGGACACUAUCAAGGUAGACGUGCGCAAGCCAGCAUGCAUGUUGGAGAAACAGCCAGAAAAGUACACGGCACAGGACAUCGUGGCGGUGAAGAAAUACGAGGCGGAAGUGGAGAUACUCCGGCAAGAGCGCGAGCGUUACAAAAGGUUGAUUGAGGCUGAUUAUGUAAAAGUCAGCGCGCUUCGGCAGGAAGGCAUCGGCAAGUUCGACACCAAAGUGAACGAACUCUUCCAGUUAAAACUGAAGAUCGACGCGGCGAUAAAUCAACUGAAGCUGCGGCACAUCCGCGGCCGCUUGCGGAAUCUGGAGCGGAUCAAGGCGGUGAAGGAGGACGACCAGGUGAAGUGCGAGAUAUCCGAAAAGCGCCAGCGCGGGACUGUUCUAGAGGAACAAGUACAACAGUUGCACGAUGUCUACCAGGAUAUGCUCGCACAACACGACGCACUCUGCACUCGUGAGAAAACGAUCGCGAAGAAGCUUCAGCAUGACUUCGCCAUACUGUCCAAGAGCAACUUCGAGGUUCUCGAGCGACAAUACAAGCGCAGGCCGAAAGUUUCCCUGAAGAACAUCGUCGCCUGCGACCUGGUGAAUCUCGCGGGUUACCUGGACCAGGUGAAGCCGACCUAUCUCCCCGCCGAGUGCAUGGACUACCUGAAGAUCUUGGAUAGUCUCGACGCGAGACCGAACGAAUUGCCGCAGUCGAUCGACGCGGUUCACUGGAAUCACCUGGUCCGCUUGCGGCGCCAGAAGAUCGACGUAGAGCUGCGGAUUAGGGCGCGGCAGCUGGAGAUAGCCGCGCUCGAGCGGACGAUCGGCGUGUUCGAGGGGAAGAUCGACGCGUGCAAGUCGAGCGUGAUCCAGCUCCGCGAACGGCUGAAAUGCGCGCGAGAGGCGCGGAUAACGCGCGAACAGGAUCAGGAGGUGCAGCUGGUGCUGAAGCGGGGCCAGGUGGAGAUUGCUAUGCAAGGCGAGCGUCGCGACGCCGCGAACGCCGUUCUGAUACCGCGCAGCGAGAUUCUGAAGCUGAACGAGCACAUCCGCGCGGCCGGAGCGCGCAAGCUGGACGCGCUCAAGCGUUUGAUCGACUUCCGCCACAAGUUGGCGGCGGCCGAGUGGGAGCAUCGCUGCUUGAGGACACGCUACCUGGAUCUGGAGGAGGAUCUGCGCUUCCUCAAGGACGUCACGGUCACGCGGGACAUGAAGAUGUACCUGAAGCGGAAGGCGAAGGGCCUGCGUGGCGACAAGACCGCGCUGCAGUUCGAGGAGCAGGUCGAGACCGCAAAGAGUUCCUUGGAGAAGGCGCUCUCCAGAGAGAUGAACAAAUUGAAGAAUAUCCAGGAAAAGAUCGCUCGUACUAAGAAGAAGAAUGCCGAACUCGAUCGCGCUAUCAUGGAGAUGAACGUGAAGAGAUGGGAGCUGGAGUAUGAGCGCGAUCUUGAUCAAGAAGCGCAGCAAAGCGAAGAUACAAAGCGAAGGAUGCGAUUAUUCAGGCAACGAGCUGAGUUGAUCAGGAAGGUGCAAGAAAAUUAUGCCGAAUUGUUGACAUUGCAGACCGAACAUGAGUUGCUGCGAAUGCGCACGUAUCCCACGUUUGAUUACUUCGAGACGCUGAAUGAUGAGCAAAGUGACAAAGUGUGUCAAUGA